AUGCAAGCAUGCAAAAGGCCGAAACCAUUAUACGAGCAGAGCGAGAGGAUUGACUGGCGACUGCCGGGAAGUCAUGUCGUUGCCAAAAAGUAUGAUGUUGAAUACUACCGCGCCGAAUUAUUUAGCCAAGCUGUUACAUUUGGAAAGUAUAUCCCCGUGUUUAUCAAUGAUAUGAAGAGCCAGUUCAACUUUAAACGACACUACAUUGAUUUAUGGGGGCAACUUGAUGAUUUGAUUAUGAUUAAUAACUGGCCAAUAAACAAGUUUGCCAUUGUUGGAAAAGUAACCGGGGAAUCGCAUUUCGAUAAAAGAGAUUAUAGUGGGGCACGAAUACGAAUCGAUGACUCUUCGGGGAAGGAUCUGAAUGUAGAGGUCUUGAUAUCAUUGGAGCAGUAUGAGGCAAUAUUUCCAGAACCAGGUGUCAAUUAUGGAAAACUUGUUGAAGUUCGUGGGGUUUUCAAAAAUUGGAAACCUGUGGUUGAAGAUAUAGUUGUGGUAAGCCCCACGCCGAAUGAUCUGACGAGUGAGAUACUACAUUGGAAUAUUCGAGUGCAAUUUAGGAAGACUGUGUUGGCGAAAGCUUGGAAGUUUGAUGCCACGGCGGCGCAAGGGGAUGAUGUUCCGAAACGUGAAUCUGUUUUCUACAAUGUAGCUAAAAAUGUUGCUCCGCAAAAGUCAAUGGAGCCUAUUACAGAGACGCCGAGAAGGGAUGUGGGUUCAGUGACUAAUUUUACGGGAACGAGUCCUGGAACGCAAGUUGGGACUAUCCAUGGAGAAGCCGGUGCAUCUACGAAUGAUACCAAGUUUGUGAAAAUCAGUGGUGUCUCAGAUAAUCUGGAAACCAUUCUGCAAGCCCUACUAGACAACAAAGACAGAUAUAUCAAGUUGGUAAAAGAGUCCUUGAUUGCCAUUAUCAAACGUCUUUUUAACGAAAUUACACUUGACGAGUUGGUGUCAGACAGGUUCGUGCUAAAUCAAAUCAACGUAUUUGCAGAGGUGCUCCAGCGAGCCUGUGGUUACCUCGACAUCACCUACAGACAGGAGAUAAUAUUUCGUUUGGCGCUAUAUUUCAGAGACUCGGAGUUGUUUGAGUUUACAGAUAAUGUCAUAAAACCGUUAAAGUUUCAACUAAUGUACUACAGCAUUCAGAGAAAGCUAUCGACACGCACUCAAAUCAAGACAUUAAAAUACGUGGACUAUUUAACAAAGAAGUUACAAAUCAGCAACUGCGAUUACAAAUUGGUAAACUUUUUGAUAAGGUAUAUUGUGCUGACUUCAGAUUUGCAUUGGAGGUAUAUCAAAGAUGAAAUUAAAUGGGUCAAGAGUUAG